GAAAGAUCAUAUAUAUAUAUAUAUAUAUAUAUAUAUAUAUAUAUAUAUAUAUUAUAAUAUAUAUCGAUGGUUUUAGUGGAUAAACCUCCGGCACCGACAGCGCCACCAAUCCAGCAGCCGGGCCAACAGUCGUAUGUCGUCGUCCAACCACCUACGCUGCCUACUGGCAUACCAAUCCAACCGGGACCUCAAGUUCAGAGCAGUGUUCCAGCUGGGCCUUGGUCCACCGGCCUUUGCGACUGCUUUUCUGAUGUUUCUAACUGUUGCAUAACAUGUUGGUGUCCAUGCAUAACAUUUGGACAGAUUGCUGAAAUUGUAGACCGAGGAUCCACCUCUUGUGGAGCGAGUGGUGCAUUAUAUGCUCUGAUAGCGUACAUAACAGGAUGUGCAUGCAUAUACUCGUGCUUCUACCGAUCCAGGAUGAGAAGGCUGUACAUGCUGCCGGAGGAUCCUUGCCCCGAUUGUCUGGUCCACUUCUGCUGCGAGGCCUGCGCCUUGUGCCAAGAGUAUCGUGAGCUCCAACACCGUGGAUUCGACAUGUCUCUUGGAUGGCAUGGAAAUGUUGAGAGGCAAAAUCAAGGAGCGACAAUGGCCCCAUUUGUUCAAGGAGGGAUGCAUAGAUAAUUUGGAAGUUAAUUGUGUCUUGUUUUAAUUUAUAUUGUACGGUCCAACUCCAAGGAUCAAUGUUUAAUGUUUUGUUUGUUGUGAUCAGAAGAAGAGAGAGAGUACGAGCGAGGAUUAAGACUGUAUAUUUAUUUUAUUUUUAUUUCUCUACGCUAGCUAGACGUGUGAGGCUUGAACCAUGUUUAUAUAAACGUGACUACACCACCCUGUUUGGGAUGUGAUGUAAUAAUGUAUCAUGUGUGUUCUAGGGUCAACCUCUUUUAAUGUGGUGAUCAUGUUUCAAGUUAUUUUACAAGUUUAGACUUUUCAUGUGUA